AUGGGGUCAGCCGCAUCUGCCCUGGCUGGUGACACGCCAGGGGCAGAUCUGCGUCUACAGACUUCAGGCUUGCGCUUCUCCGCUCAACAAGUGCGAUCUCUUAACUCUUAUGUGGACACGUUGUAUGAAGAAGAUCAGAAUGGUCGUAUGUCAGUGGAAACCGAGUGCGCGGUGGAAAAUCUGGUGCAGCGAAUAGUGGAUGGCGCUGGACAGCGAGAUCCUAGAUUCAGAUGCUGUCAUCUCAUUGCGUUGCACAGAGAAAAGAAGAUGCGGUCUAGAUCAUUGGAAUACCUAGUGACCAUAGACUCUCUCCCGACGCUCAACUCUGACAAUGACGACUGCUGUUUGGAAGAAGGUCCCGUGGGAUAUGGAAAGAUCAAAUUGUCUGGUCGAGAAGCGGACAAGUGGGCGGAGUUCUUAACUCCUUCUGGGUAUUUGUGCAGGGAUAAAGUGUUAGAGCGAUGGGUGGAGCUGAUCGCGCGGUGCGCGGCGGCGCGCGGCGGCGGCGCGUCACGCGCGCUUGGCGCCCGCGCGGCCUCCGCCGCCCGCCCUUACACAUACUGCUACUUGGAACGGGCGUCACACAGGUCUAGCCCAGAGCGUAGGCUGGCCAUAGUGGAGGGCGCGUCGUGGGUGAUGGUGCGCGUGGGCGCGGGCGAGGCGGAGGCCAAGCUGGCGCUGGGCGCGGCGGCGGCGGGCGUCGGCGCGCACGCCUACACCACCAGGGUGCCCCUCACGCAUCCUCUCGCCUUGUUGCAUUAUACUGCGGCUCAAACUGGCUAUUAUGCAGUAGCCAUAGGUCCUCCUUCUUCAAUCUUAACAACGGAACGCACAGCAACAUGGCAGUUAUGGCACCCGGCGCUGGAAGCCACUUUAGAUGCACAUUGCUCUAAUGAUUCCUCAGUGGGCAGGAUUGCUGGAGCCCUGAACAGCUUGGUCGAUAAGAUGAGGGAAGGAUGUUUUGAGGGUUCAGCACAGUUACUAAGCAGGUACAUGGUGUGGUGUAGUUUCCGACGGCGCUUAGAGCGCUGUGCGUCCCUCCGCAGCGUCGCGCGCUUCUGUGGCUCCGCGCAUGUCGCCCAUCAUCUGUUGUUAGUGCUGGAUAAUGUGCUACACGUGUGCACGGGCGCGGCGCCGGCGGGGCUCGUGUGGGGCGUCGGGCGCGACGCGGUGGCGCGGCGCGGGGCCCGCGCGGCCUCGUGGCGAGGCGACGCCGCGGCCGUCACCAACUGCCUGCUGUAUCUGCAUAGGAUUGCUGUUGGCGAGGAUAUCCUCCAGUCCCCUGCUGAGCGGCUCGAGGGGGCCCUGUUUAGCAAGUGGGAGGCGUGCAUGAGGGGCCUCGGGGGCAGUAAGGCCGGUUCGACGGGGGGCCUCCCGCGAGGCCCUUUGCGUUAUCUGAGCAGAGUGACCAGGGAACUGCUGGCUUGCAAGAAUAUGGUGGCUUAUGACCAGCAAAGCACAUUCCGCACAAACCUCAUACAAGCGACGUGCUAUCAACAAGAGCACGUCGAGGAUCUGAUCCACAUCCUCGCGAUCAUGCUGGAUCAGGCGCGCGACCUCUACCUCCACAACCUGAAUCAGACCCUGGGGGAAGAUAAGGAUCUCUCCAAUUAUAGGAGUAAAAAAUGGAACAAACUAAAGGACUACUACGACGCGUCGUCCGCCUGCCUCAUAGACGCGGCGCGGCGCGACCCCGACCUUCGCCGCGAGGACUUAGCCGACCAUACUAACGUCAUGAAGAAUGUGCUACUCUGGUUGCAUAAAGGAGUCAAAGAAGACAAAAAGUACCUCGGGCCCGUAUUAAAACCGUUUUUAUACGAGCUCCAGUGGACUGCUCAAGAGAACUCCUGGUUUUUAGACGAUUUUGAUUCUAAGAAGUGUUCUUCCGAGUUUGAGGGGCUGGCAGAGUACUGUUUAAGGGUCCACGAGGGGUUGGACCCUUGUCUAGGCUUGUUAGAGGCGUCUAAGAAGUUCUCGUGGGCGAAAACUUUAGUUGAUGUCGUGGAUCGAUAUCGACAUGUUGAUUUCCGCCUCGUAUUUCCUACUGGUGAAGGAUUGGCUGUAUCCUAUUUAGUAAAACUGCCCUCACGUCGAGAUCGUAAUUCUUCUCGCGUACUAACUUUGAGUAGACGAGACAAAGCUGACGCGAAGUUAAAGUUGGCGAGGCGAUGUGUGCUGGCAGCCUUUCAUAAUGCUCUACAUGGACGACCAGAAUUGAAACAAAUUUCCCGACACGGUAGUACAGAAGAGAUACUAAAUAGCGCUAAAAAUGGCAACUUUUGGAGAAACACUACAAAACCUGAUAUUAUUCCAUCUAAUUCAGACGAUUCACGAACUUUAGAUCUUCCAAAAGUCAGAAGACGGUCUCGUAGAAGCAGACCCGCCACAUCACAUGGCUUUCCAGAAAUUUCCAUCGUAAAUCAAUCAGAUGAAAAGACUUUGAGGCGAAAAUAUCAUACAUUGAAGAGUUUAGUGUACACGGAACCUGUAGAGAGCAUAAAGGAAGUAAAGGAAAGACCGCGAUCUGCUGGGUCUUCUAUCAGGAGUAAAGAUGCUUUAAGUAGACCAAGUAUUUUGGAGACAUUGGAUUUUAUAAAUAGUGUGAAGGAUGUAUUUUGUGUAGACGAAUCGGGCACAUCAGAUAUAGAGGACACGUGGUCGGCCCAUGACGACUGGCUCCUGUCCGAGUAUGGGGUGCCGCUAAAUACUAUGUCCCGGGGCGCGCGCUUACACCUGUCUUUAGGCGAUUUGGUGGUCACUUUGCUGCAACGGGGCAAGUUUACUAUACUACAAGAGCUGUGUAGCUGGCUGGGCGCGGCGGGCGAGGGCGCGCUGUUCGCGCUGCACCGCCUGGCGCGGGCUGCGCGCGCGCGCUCCGCCGACCGCGAUGCGCUUACAUGGAGGCUUCCCGAGGUAGAAGGAGCCUCGGAGCCCCUGCAGAGGUACAGGGCGAAGCCCCCGGACUACGUGUCCGGCGACGAGGCGCCGCAGCCGCCGCCCUUGCCGCGUAACAAGGAGAUACAGCACAAGCGCCAUACGGAAUACGAUCCAAUACGCCUCCAAUCAAUGGAGCAUCACAUGCAACAAUUAGAACAAAUUUCAUCUAAAUUAUCAUCACAACGUUUAAACCAAAAAUGCACUGGCAUAAUAAAUCCUAUAUACGACAUUAAAUUACCCAAAGACAAAUUCAGUGUAAAACGCACUAAGUCUCUAGGCAGGAGUUUUAGUACUAGAAAUGUAAAUAUAGAAUGUUCUAGAUAUAAUCUAAGUCUAGGUCAUAGGAAUGGCAGAACUAAUGAUGUUGUUACAGCCAUAAGCGAAACUACAGGCGAGACUGGUUUAGAUUUAAAGAAUUUCUUCCAAAGAUACAAUUCGACCAAUAUUGUAGGUGAUUCCUAUAGAAUAAGCCGCAUUACUAUUGAU